AUGGGAGCCCAGCCCAGAGGGAAAGGGACACCGAGCAUCUGUGAGGUACAUCCAGGACCAGAAUUCCUCACCCACUCCUACACCUUCUACUCCAAACGCUUCUUCUGAACCUACCAGUUCUAAUACAGGGACCGCUGCCAGGAGCCUGCCCACUCGUUGCUUACCAAGGGCAAAAUCCGUCUGCAUCAGGCCUCCUGGAUCACCCAGGGUGCCGCUGAGGCCGACUACCAUCUUCAUAAGGUGGGCAUAAUCUUUCAAGACACCAUGCAUGCCCUGCUUGGCAGCCAGGCCCAGGCUAGCCAGCACUGUACAGGAUGGCUACCCCCGGUCCAGGCCUGGAUGCUGGGGACAUUGUAUGAGCUGCUGAGCUCCCAGGUACCAGGUGACUGCAUGCCAACACUGGGCUUCAACAUGCAGGAACCCGGUCUACUGCGCCUGCAGCGUCACAUGCAACAGCAGCCUGGGGUGGUACCCCAUGUAGUCAAGGAGUUGUUCGUUCCUUGGGACAGGCAGAGAGGCGUUUGGCAAUACCGCACUUGUCCCUGCCCGGCUUGCAGGCUCAUGGCCCACUCGGACAAGCACCACCCACCUGUGCUGCUCCCAGCAGCCCUGCUGCUGCUCCUGGGGGGCCACUGGGUCUGCGAGGCAAGGCCAGCUGUGCCGUUCCUCACUCGACUCUCCACCUUCGAUGACCGAAAAGGUUCCUGGGAAGGGCAUUACCCGUCCCCCAGAGUCCAUGGCGGCGCUGAGCUGAUGUUUGAGGUUACACGGGCCUAUGUGACCCCCCCACACAUGGACCAGGUCACUACAGUCAUACUCAGCUUCUCCAAGCCAAGCAGCUGUGGAGGCCCAGGGGUCUGGUCAGUAGGUACUGACGGUUGGUGCCCACUGUUGGGUAUCAGGCUCGCACAUGCAGAGUAUGAGCUGUUCAAAAUGGAGCACGGCGCCGGUGGGCAGAGCCUGGUCUUCAUUGGGCAGAGGCCCACAGAUGGGUCCAGUCCUGAUAAUCCCGAGAAAACCCCCACCUCCUUCCAGGCACCCCUGGUGCUCUGUGGCUUCCUUGGACACUAUGUAGCCCUGCAGAUGUCCACCAAGCUCUGCGCUAUGGCACCACCAUGGCGAAAGAAGGGACAGCCCCGCACCGCCGCUGUCUUGAAUGGACACAUGGCCCUGCCACCUCUGGUUCAGCCCGUAUCCCACGGGACUCAGCAGCACUACAACGCCAGGGCCUUUGCCCAGUUGGACACCCCCUUCCCCCAUCCUCAUCUCUACUUCAUCAGCAACAUCCUGUUUAUUGACAUCCUCUUCAGACCCAGCUUCAGAGCCCCAGGCCUCCGGUCAGGGUCCCUGCUGGGCCUCCAGUAUGCAGGGCCACCUGGCCCAGUGGGAGCGUAA